UGUGAUUGGAUAAGGUGACGCUGAACAGCCUCUGAUUGGACAGUUUUACAGCAGGCUGGCCGUGACCGAUCCCUCCACCAAUCACAGGGUGGACCACUGAUGCAUUGUGGGACGACUAGCUAGUUUGCAGGAGCUAGCAGCAGAUGCUGAUGUGUCACUACUCUCCAGAUGUCCGGUUUUCCUGAAAUGAAGCUCACUAUUAAGAUGAGAUAACAGCACACAAUGGAUUCCUCUGCAGCGGAAGCUUCGACCCCGAGUGAAAUAAAAGACGACGCUGCACCAAGUACCUCAAAUAAAACAGCUCGAGGGGGAGACGGACCAAAGUCGAAGAAGGCCUCGUUGAAGAGGAAAGCAGGGGAAACUGAAAAUGCAAAAACAAAGAAGCCAAAAAAGGCACGAGUCUCCAGGCCUGCCCAGCUUGGCUACACUGUCCAUCAAGGGGAAGACAUGCUACUGGUCAUAGCAAGUUCCACUUCUCAGUAUGACGGUUCAGUCUGGAGGCCUCAAAAGAAGGGAGGCAAAAAGAAAAAGCUUGCUAAAGGGAAUCACAGAUGGGGGGAAAGUCUACCUGAGGAGGUGCUAGUUAAUAUAUUUCAGAUGGUGGUCGUCCAAGAUGGAGCUGUUCCAUUUCUAUGCAGGGUGGGGAGAGUCUGUCGGCUGUGGAACACCGCGGCCUCCAGCCCGGUCCUGUGGCGUAAAGUGACUGUGGGUCACUGCUGGAUCGCUCCAGGGAAAACACAGCUCCCCAAAACUGAGAAGAAGAUUCAGGAGACUUUUGACUGGCUGGCGCAAAACAGAUUUUCUCAGCUACGAGACUUUUCUCUGUGUCACUGGAAAAAGAACAAUGACUUUGCAGUCGAGGUUGUUUCGCAGUUCUGCCCUCACCUUCGCUCCCUCACACUCUCUUACUGCACAGGCCUGACAGCGAGCGCCUUCCAAAGCCUCGGCCUGCACAGCCGGGCGCUACAGAGCUUAAAUCUCCAGUAUUCAGAGGUUGAUGGCCUCCUGGAGUACUUGGAGAAUCAUGGGAGCCAGAUCAAGCAGAUUUGGUUCACUCAUGGACUAAAGAAUGACCGACUUCUGUCCACCCUCACCAGGGGGUGUUGUCCUGAAUUGGAUUUGCUGGAGAUCAACACAAAGCUCGACAGCAAAGACUGUGAACUUCCCAUUUGCAUCCAGGCUCUGCAGGCGGCGUGUCCCAAACUCAAGACCUUCCGUAUGCUGAACGUCCGACCUCUGCACAAGACCAUGCGUAAUGGUGCUGACUCAACCUCAGGUUUCCCGAUGCUGGAGGAGCUUUGCAUUGCCACCACGUCUUACUCCUACAUGAGCGACAAGAACCUGCUGGACAUCCUCUACGGCUCCACCAAGCUGCGGGUGCUGGACUUGCGAGGCUGUUCGCGAAUAACUCCAUCAGGUCUCGCAGCAUUACCCUGUCCUGAGCUGGAGUGUCUGUUCUGGGGACAGUAUUUCAGCAGCCAUACCGCGUUGUCCUCGCAGAAGAGGGGACUUCACAUGGUGACACAAAAGUGGAGUCAAACUUUGAAAGAGCUCGACAUUGCAAACCAGCUCUUUGUUGAGGAGGACCUGGAGAUCGCGAUGAGUUACCUGGCGCAGGCCACAGAGGCGGAUACGCUGCGUUCACUCAACCUGAGUGGAACGAGGAUCACAUCCCCCGCCCUCAGGGCAGUCGUCGGCCGGAUGACUUCUCUUAAUUACCUCAACCUUUCCUCCUGCCGCUAUCUACCAAGAGGAGUCAAGAGACUUUACCGUGGCCAAGAAGACAUUCGCCAGCUGCUGGACAAGUUGGAGUAGCUGGUGAACUCAUAUUACACUGGAAUGUCUUGAAACUUUCUUACUUGUAUAUAAUGUUAUCCAGGUUCUAUGUUUGUUCACAACAAAGAGAUGCAGAGCGCUGCAUCAAUCCAGGGAGAAAACCUGCAGGUGCUACACACAUUCUAACAGCUCAGUCUACAUUGGUAGUUUAAAAAGUCACAUUAACAUGUUGGAGUCAGAAACUUUUGAACGUCUCCAUGUGACCUGUUGUUAUUCAAAAUGAUAUGUGGUAAUGUCUCUGUGUUCUCUUUAAUUAGAGCAUUUAAUGAAUAAAUGACACUGUUUGAGAAUAAGGAAUCAUAAAACCUCUUUGACGCAUUCAGCAGCAACACACGUUUACUUUGUUUAUUUAUUAUAGACCAAGUUACAGUAAUUCCAGGCAAAGGUUUGUCAAGAAAUAUUUGAAUUUAUAAAACUGUUCAAGUUUCCAUAUGCUUCCACUAGGGAGUGUUGUUCUCUCAGCUGAAUGUGCAUGAAGACCAACAGAGGCCUGUGUUGUAAAGUUUCACAAUUAAGUGAUAAUGCCUCAGUCACUACACAAUUUCUCACAAAGUCUGUUUAAAACUACAUGUGUUUAUAUUGUAUUUGCUUCAUUUGAAAUAAAUGAAUAUGUAUUUCUUUUGUACAUCAACAUGAGCAAUGGAGAAAGAAAAGAAAA